AUGUCGUUUAAGCUGGCGACCCGGAAGAUCCCGUAUUACUGCAGUACCGGCUCCGGCCUCGGGCUAUAUAGACUACAGAGUGCGAGCAGCGAAAAAAGAAAAGAAAACCAAAAAAGAGGCUCACACUCGACUCGGGCGAACCCUCUCUGCUCCUUGUCGAGUCGCAGCCUGGACGCCAAGAUAGGGACCGAAACCCCCGCCGCCGAUGGCGACGCCGCCCGCAAGCGGCCCAGCACCGGCGACGCGCCCGCCCCAGCCCCCGCCGACAAGCGCCGCCGCCCGGACCCCCCGUCGUCCGGCUCCCGCGACCGCCACGGCCACGGCCGGCCGUCCACGGCGGGCGGCGGGGAGAAGCUGCGGGCCUCGCACAUCCUGAUCAAGCACGAGGGCUCCCGCCGCAAGGCCUCGUGGCGUGACCCCCAGGGCGUCGCCAUCUCCGCCACCACCCGCGACGACGCCGCCGACCUCGCCCGCGCCCUCCGCGAGAAGAUCGUCGCCGGGGAGCGCAAGUUCGAGGACGUCGCCACCGAGGAGUCCGAUUGCAACUCCGCCAAGCGCGGGGGCGACCUAGGUCCAUUUGAAAGGGGCAAGAUGCAGAAGGCUUUUGAGAAGGCAGUUCUUGCUCUGAAAGUAGGGGAGAUAAGUGAUGUUGUUGAUACAGACAGCGGCGUGCAUAUCAUACUGAGGACUGCCUGAUUUCGGUGGCAGUAUGGGCCUUCUCAAUCUUUAUACACCGGGUCACUGUCUGCGUAUCAUAUUCAGGCUGAUUGCGGCAGCUGUACGGGGCUUGUCAAUCUGUAUACACUGGGGAAAUUGAAUGUUGGUUAUCGCUUUGUUGCAAACUUGUGCAUGUACUCUCGAUCUGCAAAGUUUAUGUUUUACUCUUGAAUUUUGCUGGAGACAUUUGCUCUGGAAUGACCUCAAGGCAGACCUACUGAAUAUUGAUCGUUACUAUCGUGUUUGGAUUUGGAUUUUGGAAUGAACUGAACUGAGCAGGAUGUUCGAGGAAUGA